UAAAACAAAACAGUAACGUCGAUAUAAGUACCGCGUAUGCAGUCGCUUAUUAUUGCAACUAUGUAAAUUCUUAUGUGUUUAAAUAUUUAUUAAUCAGCAUAAAGUUAAAAAAUAGUGUCUAUUAUUAUUGGUCAAAAAAAUAAAUUUUUAUUUUAUUAAUUAAUAAAUGAUUUAAUAUUUAAUUUUAUUCUGAUGUGUAGUGAGAACGUAGUGCAAUACACUCAUAAAUACAUUCUCAUAUGUAUAGUUCAAAUUUAAUCCUUUCACAUAAUAUGUGGAAUAUUAAAAAAUUGAGUUAUUUAUUAAUGAUCGAAAGAAAUAGAUAAUUUUUAAUAAAUAUUAAUUAUUAAUAAACGAUGGGUCGUUUAAUAAUACUUGUAUUAUUAGCUAGCGAAUGUUACUUUGGAGAAUGUAAUAAGCAAGUCAUACCACCUAGUUAUUGUGAAAUUGACUUAGGAGUUCACGCGUUGAAAUUUGACUUUAGAAAACUCUCCGAAGUUAAUGAUGAUUAUAUUCUUAAGCAUGAAAGUACGAAUGAAACGAUCAAAUUUCAACUGUGUAAACCAUUGAAGAAAACUUGCAAUGAAGCCAGUGGCGUAGCAGGAUGUCUUAUUCGAGGGAACGAAGAAAUAAUAUUAGGAAAAGUACCUGAGGUUCAACAUGAAGAUGGAAGAAUUUCAUUUAGCUAUGUCGGAGAAAAAUGUGGAGAUAAAUUUUAUUAUACUUUUAAUGUGAUAAUGAUGUGUGAUUCCCAAGCUGAAUACUCAUAUCCUGAACUCUUUCCUUACGACCAGAAACAGUGCAAUUUUAUUGCUGUUUGGAAAACAAAACUAGCUUGUGGAGUUAAUUUUGAAGCAUCUGAACAUUCAGUUGAUUGUAAAGUGACCGACGAAAAAACCAAAACAUUUUAUGAUUUAGGAAGUUUAAAAAAAACCUCAGAUAAUUAUAUUGUCCAUAUAGAUAAUAAAUCAUCAAUAAUUUUAAAUGUUUGUCAUACAGUCGUAUUUGGAAGUGGAGUAGUUUGUCCAUUCUCAGCAGCAUGUUUGAGAAAUAGUACAAAUUCAAUAACUUAUUCAAGUAUUGGAGAUGUAUCAUCACCAAAAAUUGUAAAUGGUAGCGUUACUUUAACAUAUAGUACUGGUGCGCUUUGUGCAGACAUGACCCACAGUGAUACAACAAUUUCUUUUGUUUGUGAUUUUAAAGCUUACGAAACUCAACCAGCGCUUGGACAAUUGAAAGAUGAUUGUCAUUAUAAUGUUAUAUGGAAAACAAUUGCUGCUUGUGACAAUAAAAAAGCCGAAGAAUACAAACAAAAGACAUCGGCCUCCUGUAAAUUUACGAAUCCAAUCACUAAUUACGAAUAUAACUUAGAUUCAUUAAAAGGAGAAGACUAUAUUGUAAGAUCAGCUAACGAUGAGUACAAAUUCAGUGUGUGUGGACCUUUGUUGACAAAUUUUUGUAAAAAAGGGAACGAUGAUUCGGCUGGCGUUUGUUCAGCGCAUAAUCGAAUAGUCGGUGGAAAAGCCAAUUCUAAAUUAAUUUCAACUGUUGGAGGUUUAUAUCUGAAUUAUACGGAUGGAUCGUCGUGUCAAGGAAAUAGAAGUCGUUUCACAAUAAUUGCGUUUCGUUGUUCACCAGAAGGUUCCGACGCUGUGCCUAUAAUAACUGAAGAAAGUACAUGUCAUUUGGUGAUUCAAUGGAAUACAUCAUUAGCGUGUGAAAAAAAGGUUUCAUCAUCUAACUAUGAGCGAGAGACUAAAAUUAAAGAACCAGUUAUUAAACAAAGUGCAGAUAUAAUAAAUCAAGCAUCCUCUUUUUCAGCAUCGAAAGUUGUUGAGGCAUCGACUGAUGAUGAUAAACAUACCAAAGGAAAUUCUUAUGUUACUGGAAUAGUAAUCGUCUCCAUUUUGGUCGGAAGUAGUAUUUUUUUGGCGGUAUGUUUUUUGAAUGCCAAAGUACAAGAGUGUGUGAAAUCUUGCCUUCGUUGCAGAUUUUUGAAGAAGUCAGAUGUAAGGAUGCGGUAUUCAAAGAUAAGUACAAGCUCCGAAGCAGAUGCAUUACUGGAUGGCCCAGAUACAAUGUGUCAGUCGGAUAGUGAUGACGACUUACUAAGAUUAUAAAUAAUGUACAUACAAUAAACUUUCAGUAAUUUGUAUCAUAUUAAAAAUAAACUCUGUUUAAUAUUUUACUGCUAAA